GUUGGUAGACCUGAUUUAGUUCAGACAUCAUUCAGGAAACAAUGUGCAUAUAAUAUGCGCCUGUUGAUAUUAAAUGAAGAUAUUUUGUGAUUGAAGAUAAAUAAAUAUAAACAUGAGUGAAAGUACUGAUGUAAAAAAUAAUGAAGAAGACAAUGUAGUAGUUACUUGGAAAGAUUUGGGUAUAGUAGAAACCCUAUGUAAAGCUUGUGAAGAUUUAAAAUGGGAGAAGCCAACUAAAAUUCAAAAAGAGGCAAUUCCUUUAACACUUCAGGGUAAAGAUAUAAUAGGCUUGGCAGAAACAGGAUCUGGUAAAACAGCAGCUUUUGCACUUCCUAUAUUACAAGCUUUAUUAGAGAAUCCUCAAAGAUAUUUUGCUUUAAUAUUAACACCUACCAGAGAAUUAGCAUUUCAAAUUUCAGAACAAUUUGAAGCACUAGGUUCAAGUAUAGGUGUAAAAUGUGCAGUAAUAGUUGGUGGUAUGGACAUGAUGUCACAGGCUCUAAUAUUAGCAAAAAAGCCACAUAUACUUAUUGCUACACCUGGAAGAUUAGUUGAUCACUUAGAAAAUACUAAAGGCUUUAAUUUACGUUCUUUAAAAUUUCUGGUAAUGGACGAAGCAGAUCGUAUUUUAAAUAUGGACUUUGAAGUUGAAGUUGAUAAAAUUUUGAGAGUUAUUCCACGUGAAAGGCGAACACUAUUAUUUUCAGCUACAAUGACGAAAAAAGUACAGAAGCUGCAACGGGCUUCUUUGCGCAAUCCAGUUAAAGUUGAAGUGUCUACUAAGUAUCAAACAGUUGAUAAAUUACAACAAUAUUAUAUAUUUAUACCUGUCAAAUUCAAGGACGUAUAUCUGGUACAUAUCUUGAAUGAAUUAGCUGGUAAUAGUUUCAUGAUAUUUUGUGCAACUUGCAAUAAUACAGUAAGAACAGCAUUACUAUUACGUAAUUUAGGAUUUACGGCUGUACCUUUACAUGGGCAAAUGUCACAGAAUAAAAGGAUUGCAGCUCUUACAAAAUUUAAAGCCAAGAAUAGAUCUAUACUUAUCUCUACAGAUGUUGCUAGUAGAGGUCUCGAUAUUCCUCAUGUUGAUAUAGUAAUAAAUUUUGAUAUACCUACGCAUAGUAAAGAUUAUAUACACAGGGUUGGUCGAACUGCACGUGCAGGUCGUUCAGGGCGCUCAAUUACAUUUGUAACGCAAUAUGAUGUUGAACUUUAUCAAAGAAUAGAACAAUUAAUUUCAAAACAAUUACCCCUUUAUGAAACAGAGGAACAAGAAGUAAUGCUACUACAAGAACGUGUAGCAGAAGCUCAACGUAUCGUAAAAAUGGAAUUGAAAGAUUUAGAGGAUAAUAAAAAGUCCGGUAAACGAAAAAAACGUGCAAAUAUGGACAAUGAGGAUGAUACAGAGCAAUCAUUUGGAGUUAGAAAGAGAAUAAAAGGCAAGGGAAAGGGAAAAGGAAAAGGAAAAGUUUAACAGUAUGGUGGAAAUGAGCUUCCUGAUGUGUUUAUCACUUACCAUCACGCGAAUUUCAAUGUACAAGAAUAUUUGGGAUGAACUGCGAUAAAGAUUAUGCAGAAUAAAUGUAUGCAUAAGUAAAAGGCUAAGAAAUAAGGACAAUCUUUAUAAUACUGAGAAAAUUAGCAUUGUAUUAUAAUGAUUUUAAGUCUUUUCACAGAGCGAAUAAUAUUUAUCUUUCACUCGAAUAAUCACAAUAAAAUAUGUAAUAAAAAUCACAACUUUUACCAUUGCCAUUUAUCAUCUGCAAUAAAUCUGUUAGAUGAAAUUAAUAAAACACCGAGGCAAAAUAUUAUUA